AAGCUGUCUGCUGGUGAAACAUUAACAUCCUCUUCAUAAAACAAUGGGCCAUGCUUCAUGCUUAAACACUAGGAUACAGAGAGGAUACUGGAGAUCAUGUAACAGGCUUAAGAGACUGCAAAAAAUCAUGGGUGGACAGACAGUCUGGACAACUCUGAGCUUCAAGCUUCUGCUCUACCACUGUAUGAUUUCUGUGAUGAUACCAGCCAUCCUCGUACUGGCAACACAUGUCCAGGUCAACAAAAAAGAGAGCACACAAGUCAAAUCUACACAGGAACACUUAGAGGAAGCUUUUGAAGAGCAGGGCUACUACUUGCAACGCCUAUUCCUUCAGUAUGGGGACAAUGGGACUUUGACCUAUGAGGGUCUGCAGAAAUUGCUUGGCAGUUUAGGUCUCGGGGAGGUCAGUGUCCUGGAGAUCCAACAUGGUGGAGUGAAGCAUUCUUCUCAACCCCAAUCCCAUUCCCACUCACAUGAAGACCAUCAUCAUCCUCAAAGGACCACAAACUCACCUCCACUAAAAGAAAGUCCUAGACCUCACAUUAAUUCAGUGAUCAGAGGAUCUCCUCCAGAAUGGGGUCAGUCAGACUAUUUUCCACACCCUGGUCUAAGACACAAACUGGAAGAAAAUGUGUCACCGCUGUCAGACCAUCCGACAGAGAAACAUCUUCAUGGGAAUUGUCUAAAUGUUACCCAGCUCCUGUGGAACUUCGGGCUGGGCCAAGCGUCCCAUAUCACUCCUGCCCAUUUCACCUUCCUGUGCCCUGCCCUCCUGUUCCAGAUUGACAGUGGAGUCUGUCUGCGGCACACAGAGGUGCAGUCACAGGGAAGCAAAACCAGUGAGAGUUUCCUGAGAGCACUAGGAUGGGCCUCCUUGGCACACUUUGCUAUCAGUUUGCCUUCCCUGGUUGCCCUGGGACUGGCACCCCUGCUUCAACCUUCCAUCCUUCAUAUAUUCCUGUGCCCGAUGGUUGGCAUGGCAGUGGGCACAUUAUGUGGAGAUGCCCUCCUGCACCUCCUGCCCCAUGCCAUCUUCAGUCAACACAUUGAACAUCAGGAUGCUGUUUUCAAGGGUCUGAGCGUGUUGGGAGGACUUUACCUUCUAUUUGCCUUUGAGAGCCUUCUGGGACUUAAACAACAUUUCAAGAAUUUAAAGAAAAGGAAACAUGAUGCAGAGUCUGGAAGGGAGCUGGACACACUGCAGGGUACCUCAACAGCCAAUCAGAAUGAGAGUUCAGGGCAUGGCCAUUCUCAUGGGCAGCCUGGACCAGGGAAGAUGGGCAUCAGAAGCAUGGCAUGGAUGGUGGUCAUGGGAGAUGGGAUACAUAACCUCACAGAUGGACUAGCCAUUGGUGUUGCAUUUUCUCAGAGUCUGACAGGUGGCCUCAGCACUACGAUCGCUGUGUUCUGUCAUGAGCUUCCUCAUGAGUUAGGCGAUUUGGCGGUGCUGUUGGCUGCAGGCUGGCCUGUACGCAGACUGGCUGUGUUUAGCGCCAUCUCUGCUUUGCUGGGCUUUGUUGGCGUUUUAACAGGAACUGCACUGGGAAACCAGUGGGCGACACACUCACCUUGGAUUCUCACCAUCACCGCUGGGGUCUUCCUUUAUGUUGCUCUUGCUGACAUGAUGCCCGAAAUGCUCCAUGGAGAUGCUGGAUCUCUGAGCCCUCUGAAGCGCUUCCUCCUGCAGAGUCUGGGCCUGCUGAUAGGGGGCGCAAUCAUGCUUUGCAUCGCCCUCUUUGAGGACCAUAUUGCUGUUAGCUUGGGAGAAGUCUAAGGAUAUGAAGACUAUCCAAAUGAGAUCCUCAGGAUGUCACGCCAGAAUUUCCAUCCAAGCAGCAGUAUUAUGUAUAUACCUCUUCACAUAAUGAACUACUGUGCAUUGAAUGGAUUGCUAUAAGAAGAGAUACAGUGGAAUGAACUCGUAUAUACACAUCCUUGGGCAACUACUUCUCAACCUAAGCUGAAUUUCUGAA